GCAAAUCCUUCUUCUUUACGGAAAGCUCCGUAAAGAAGUUUUUCUGCUUCGAGAAUCUUGAAACUGGACCUACCACUACCGUUGCCUUGGAAGUUGGAAGCCAUGUUGACCAAGUAAAAAACAGUUAUAUUAGUAGAUAUAGUUGGCUUCCAAAAAUAACUAACUCAACCUAAUCCCUCCAUCAAAUAACAGGCAAUGACUAACUUUAAGACUUGAGAUAAUAAGACCCUGAGAGGAAGCAAUCGACCAUUGAAUCAAAUUUCUUCUGUUCCUCUCUCUAAUUCUCUCCAGAGAAAGAAGAGAGGAGAAAAGAUGGAUAUAUUUGUCAAUUCCAAUGGCUUGUCCUGGGCAGAUCAAUGGGACCCUGAGCCUCUGCCACCUUUGUCCUCUGAAAAUGAUAAGAAAGAGAAGGAUGGCAAGAAGAAGUCUGGGAAGAAGAAAUUGAGUCUCAAAUGGAUGAAGGAUCUGUGCAAGAAAUCUCGGAAAUGAUCAUGAAUUUCGUCGUCAUUAACUAUCCGUUUUUAUGACUGCAUGAAUCGUCUUUAUUUCACUUGUAUUCUUUGACAUUGAUAAUGGUGGUGUACCAAAAUUUUCAUGGACCUCAUUCUUUUGUAUGGAACAGGUGAUAUGGGUAUUCAAGGAUUUAAGGCUAAAA